GUUGCACUUGAACGCUUCGCUGAAGCCAGGCCCGGUCACGUGGUUUCAGGUGCGGCUUCUUUUAUUGACGUUUAUCUCAUUUCUGCACUUGUGCGCACGUCGCUUUCGUCGUCGUUUGCAGCAGCCCACCGGCACGAUGUCUUUCGAUCUUUCUUCAGCUGUGGUCGGUGGUGAGGAAAAGAUCACGAAGGAAGAAGCAAAAAACGACGAAUCCUUCUGGCCUUGGAGUAAGAAGAGUGACGAUAAGAAUGUAAAGAAAGGGGAUGGAAAGCCGAAAGGUGUGCCUAAGGAUGGAAAGCCGAAAGGUGAUCAAAAGGAUGGAAAGAAAAAGGAUGUCAAGAAAAAGGAACAUAAGGACGGGAACCGGUCAGACACCUCCACCUCCUCUUCAUCCAGCAGUAGUAGCAGCAGCAGCAGCGACGAGAACUGAUAUUUCCUGAAGGACAAAUCAGGUGUGCGUUUAUGCAACAUCAUCUUAUCCUGUCACCAGGAACGCGCUGGCUCGUCUGGUGGAAGCUUUGAUUUCAGGACAGUUCGUUCAUUGCUUGACAACGGAGAAUAUUCCUGAAAGUGAUAUUUUUUACCGCAAGGUGGCACUGUUUCUUUUUUGUGUGGUGUCAAUCAAAAAUCUCUUUUUCAUUGUAACUGGUAGCUAAUCAGCUAUUUGCAUGCAUGGGAUUAA